AUGGCUUUGCAAGUCGAAUUGUCAGGCCACUUUGAUGUCGGCCCCAUGCUCACAGGAGUUCCGGGUCAGUGUCGCACCGGUGAGAUAGUGAAAAAUGCUAGCGCAGGAUUUUACUUUUUCGAUACUAUAACUCGUCCGCAUUCAUCAGACGUGUACUUGUAUACAAGCUUCAUUCUCGCCCGUCAAGCUCAGUUUUUACGCCACAGGGCCUUGCGAAAACAUGACCCCUUGUGUGUUGGGGCAUAUAUCGCCCCUUCGCCUCUGCGCGGUGCAUGCAGCGCGCUGAUAGUGGGCUUCACGCGUCGUAGUAGGCGCAGUAAAGAAAGUCCAACUGACGGGACAGCGACCCGUCAGCCAAGUGUGUCUUGCAGCCUCCGUACAGAUAUCGAGUCGCUUUUGGAUCGGUGGCUUCACACAGCCCGCUUGCAUCACAGCCAUAAGCGUGUAUCAUUGGAGACUGCGCCAUCAAGUGCUGCACCUGGGUUAAGCAACACUGUCGCCUAUCGUUAGCUCAGUAGAAGCUUAGCCAAACACACACAUUGCUCGCAUGUCCACCGGCUGGAUCUGAGUGAG